CAAAUGACUGUAUGCAUGCUGCAUUGAAAAAAACGGAUUCUUGUUGUUUAUAUUAAGAAUCAAUUGACCUAAUUUUUUUUGAUGUUUUUUUGUGUUUUUUAAAUUUGAAAAUAAAUGGCUGAAAUUGUUCAACAAGUUUUUGAAACAUCCAUACUUGAUUUAGCUGUAUUGGAAAAAUAUGGUCUAUUCAAAUCAUCCGAAAUCAAAACCAUAUUGAAUAAACGUCGAGAAUUUGAAUAUCGUCUUCGAAAAGUGAAUAAAGAUAAAAAUGAUUUUCUACAAUAUCUUGCAUAUGAAGAAAGUCUAUUGAAAUUGAUACGUGUUCGUUGCGAUAAACUUGAAAUCGAAGUUGAUAGAUAUGAAAUUGAAUAUAGCUUUAUUGAACAUAUUAAAAAAUUAUUUGAAUUUACUAUUAAUAAAUUCAGAUCCGAUAUUUCACUUUGGUUAUCAUAUAUAGAUUUUGUUAAAAAACAAAAAAUGUACGAUCUUGUAUCGAUUAUCUAUUUUCGUAUGCUACAAAUUCACAACAAACCAUGGUUAUGGAUUCAAUAUGCAAAAUUUGAAUUCGAAGAAAAAGCCUCAUCACAAACGGCUCGUAAGAUAAUGUUGAAGGCAAUUUCAUUUCAUCCAGAAUCUAAAGUUAUUUGGCUGGAAUAUUUCAAAUUUGAAUUAUUAUAUUGUGCAAAAAUCCGUAAAAGAUUUAAAUUGUUUUUAAAAUUUUCCGAUGAAAAAUCGACCUCGGAAUGGAGUGAUAAACAAUCAAAAGACAAAAUCUGGAAUGGAAAAUUAGCAUCAAUUGUUUAUAAGCAUGCUACCAAUCGUUAUGAUCAAUUUGAUUUUGCUGCCAAUUUUAUCGACAUUUGCAAUCGAUUUGAUUAUGAAACAACCAAAGAGAUAAAAAUAUUCAUUAUGGAUGAUCUCAAAGCCAGAUUUGAUGAAAAGGAAGAAUUUUGGAAUCUUGUUGCUAUGAAUAAAUAUGAAGAAUAUAAACAAAAAUUGCGGGGCAAUAUGGCUGAAAAUGAUGAUGAAAAAUUGGAAAUCAAAAAGAUUUCCAUCGCUGAAACGGUGGAAAUAUUUGAGAAAGCAUGCAUACGAUUUGAUACAUCAUUGAUGUGGGAAUUUUAUCUCGAAUUUAGAUUUAAAGAUUUAUUGGAAAAUUAUAACAAUAACACUACGGAUCAAGCUGCUGAAAUUUUACAUUUAUUAGAAACAUUAUGGGACGUUAACAAAAUUACAAUGAAAAUUUUUCAACAAUGGAUCAGAUUUUAUCAUACCUGCUUUCGAAGUAACAAUCUGGCAAUGCAAAGACUUCAACAUUUAUUAUUAGAUGGUGCCGAAAGAUGGCCGAAUGAUUUGAAUUUGCAUUUAUUCAUUGCUUGUUUUAUGGCUAAAUUUUCUUCUGAAAAUCAGAAAAUUGUACAUAAAUAUUUUGAUGAUUGUCUAAUGAAAAAGUUCACUAAUUUCGAUCAAAACAAUGCCAGUAUAGGUAUGGAUUUUUGGGAAUUAUACAUCGAUUGGUCAUUAAAAAAUAAACUGCCAGCACAAAAAAUUCUAAAGAUUAUUAACGAUUUUAAUAAUCAAAUAUUAAAUCAUUCACCACGUAAAAUGUCAGAAUAUUUUAAACCGAAAAUUCUUGCUAUUACUUAUCAUCUAAUGGGCAUCAAUCGUGCACGUUCCUUUUAUGAAAAAAAUAAAUCUGUAUCACCUAUAUGUAAAAAUUUUUUCCUAAAAAUGAUUGAAAUUGAAAAGCACACAUUAAGUGAGGAAGACGACCAACAACAGCAACAAUCAUCACAAGCCAAUGUAUACGAAGAUCUUAUCUAUUAUUUCGGCAAUGAUGAUGCACAAAUUUGGAUUGAUUAUAUUAAAUACGCCAUGUAUGAUAUGGGUAAUAUUGUUAAAUCAACCAAUCUAUACCAUAAGGCAUUGAAAUGUCUACCCCCGUCGAUUUGUAAUGAUUUUUUGCAAAAAUAUGCAUUGUUUCAAUCAUCAUCUUUAUAUUAUGAUGGUUAAUCUAGUACAUUUGAUUUUUUAAUUUUUUUUAUUCAAUUGUAUUUACCAUGGUUACAAUCAAUAAUGAUGUUUAAAUAUCAAAUAAAAUGACUAUUCAAAAGGUU